AUGGGGAUUUGCCAGGGCAGCCUUCCAAAAUCCACCAAGCCCUUGAAGCAUGAACUAAAAGAAAAGUUGAAAGACUCGGUCAUCAUCUUUAUGAUAGGAGGCCCCGGCUCCGGGAAAGACGUGCAGAGUAUCCGGCUAGCUAGUAAAUACGAUUUCUCCCACGUGGCUAUUGGAGAGAUGUUGCGGGAAGAAGCCAGCAGAAAUACUAGCAAAGGCAAAGCCAUUAGGGAGAUCCUGCUGAAAGGAGCUCUGGUGCCCUCGGGUUACAUCUUGGAACUGCUGACCGACAAGAUGUUAAAAGCUGAAAAUUUCAAAGGAUUCUUUAUUGAAGGCUUCCCCCGAGAAAUCAAUCAAGCCAGGCUGUUUGAGGAAGUUGUGGGACGUCUGCCCAACAUCGUUAUAGUGUUUGACUGUUCUACAGAGACUAUGAUCCAGCGGCUGAUGAUCAGAAGCCAGCUGGGCCAGAGUGUGAAUGACCAUGAGAGAAUGAUACGGCAGCAGCUUGACACUUACUACACACUGUGUGAUCCUGUCCUCACCUACUACCUGCAGAAAAGUAUACUCCGGAAUAUCCUUGGAGAGGAACCCCCAGAAGUAGUCUUUGCCAAGUGCUGCAGUGUUGUUGAUGAUGUGAUAAAAGCAGCUACCUCUGUGGUAUAGCUAUUUAGUUCUACAGAAAAAUAAUAAUAAAAAAAUUAAGCUCUGGUCUAUUACCAUGCCUUCCUCAGAACUCUUUUUUUUUAUUAAAAAAACCCUCCAUUUUAGUUCACAAUUGCAUCAACCUCACCUAAUAAUCUGAAGCGUAGUCUAUGACGAUGUAUUCAGAAAUCUAGGUUAAACUACAUCCUGCAAUCCCCCAAAGGAAGCCCUGAUUGCAAAUGGUUCUCUCUUGUGAGCAAAAUUUACUGCUGGCCAAAAACGUAAGAGUGAAAGAUCACUUUCCGAGUGGAAAAAAAAAA